AUGAGAAAAGCUGUGAACCUAAAUUUAGAAAAAAGUAUCUACCAAGAAGCAAAACGCCUAGUCCCUACCGGUCAGGUUAGUUCUUUGGUUAAUAACCUCUUAAAAGAACACUUAACGAAACUAAAAGAACAAGAAUUAAAAGAGGCUUACCAAAGGACAGCCGAGAGUAAAGAAAUGCGGGAAGAAGAUAAA